AUGGCGACUUUUGGCGAAAGUUUUGAAUUGUGUAAAAUUUCGAACGGAGCUGAACUUAUUGGCGCUGAAAAACAUUCUGAAGACGACUACUUUAUCCUGACAUUUAAAAAUAAGGAAGUUCUUGUAUAUAAUGUGAGUUUUGUUCCUUUUUGCACUGGGAAUAGUUUUCUGUGUAUAAUUACUGGGAAUAUAUAUUAAAAAUUCUCCGUGCCGUGCCGAGAAGAAAUAUGAGAGGACUUUGCUCACAGGGUAGAAGUAUUUUAGAGAAACAAGAAAAAACUAUAUAAUAGACUUUAAGAUUAUUUUUUGCAGUUUGUUUUUUGCGGUAAAAUUCAAUUCAAUUCAAUUUUUCGGUCUUCGACCAAUUUCAUAUUGUUUUUUCAAUAAUGAUGUACAGUAUGUGGCCCAGUUUCGGGUCAGUACCAGUAGCGGGUCAAUAGAAAUUUGAUUUCAUUUUUUUCCGCCGAGAUAAAAAGCGACGCGAAAUGAAAUAUAUAGAUAUAAUGGUGAACCUUUCCUUUUUUGGAUGAUAGUUUUCGUAGGCUUUUUAGUUGAACUGUAUUCAAAGAAGAAUCCUUUUGUUCGGGUAUGUUUAUAUUCUUUUACUAAAAUUUGUUCAUUUCACUGCGCAGUAAAACUAACUAAUAACAAUAAAUCGUAUUAUUGAUAUGUAUAAAUUCUCCAUGUAACUGCCCAAUUUUGUCCUAACGAUAGAUUAUUGCCGAGAAUAUAUAAAUAUGAAAUGGCAAUUCAAUUAUUCAGAAUUUCAGAGAUAUAUUCUGGUCCCACGAAUUACGUUUUAGUUUGGCUUUGUGGCCCAGUUUCGGGUCAGCUAUGUUUCAACCUUUGAAAGUGGAAGCACUGCUUAGAACGCACUCCGCAAAAACUGUGUAGAAGAGGUAGUUUCAAGCUGGAAAUAUCAUGUCUAAACCUUGUCAAAACCUCACAAAAAAUUGUUAAUAACUUAAGACAUGUUGAAACUAUACAAAAUGAUCGAAAAUUGCCGUAAAACAAACGCUUUUAUACAAUAAACAAAGAAACUUGAAGUGACCCGAUACUGGUGCAGUUGACCCGAUACUAGGCACCUAAAAUGAUUCUUAAAAAUAUAAAUAAUUCUAAAAGUGAAAGGUAAGAAAAGUCAAUCUUUUGAAAUAUUGUUAAGAAACACCUUUCCUAUUCUCAAGUGAGCAUUUAAAAAUCGUACCUUUCCUGAAAAGGAAGAUAUAGCAGUUCAAACCUGAAAUGACCCGAAACUGGGCCACAUACUGUAAUCAAAGAUGUCAAAAUGGCAGACAAAAAAAAAGUUUAUUGGUUUUUACGUGUUGGUUUUUGGUUUUGUUUAGAAUAAUAUAUUAUUGGUUUCUGUUUUGGUCAUAACCAACCACUGUGCUAUCCAAAGUUUCCACUGUGGUCAAUUCCCGCUUGUAUUAUUACUAGAUUGCAGAUCGAAAGAUUGUUCAUAGUUGGUCAAUUGAACCAAAAGAGAAACUAACUUGCCCUGUGGUACAUCAUGAUGGAUUGUUUUAUGGAAUCAAAGAUGAAACGGUAUGCUGACUAUUGAAAUAGUAUUUAGUAAAACUAUGCAACUUCAGAAAUGUUUUUUUUAUACUGAUGGUUUUUCUUCACAACUCAUCUCGGAAUGUGAGAAAUGCUUUUCUACUGACCCUAAAAAUUCCAAAUUUUCCUGGGGAACCAUAUUUCUGCCCCCCCCCCUGCCAAUCAGGUUUGUAACAUGACCUAAUUUAAUUUUUUGCCCCCUAAAGUUAACGUCUUGGGGGUAGGGGGGCAGCUAAGAAUAUCCAGUUGCAGAAUAAAUGAAAGAAAACUAACUUUCUUGUACAAGCGUCAGGCAAGUAUGUUGCUUUGGCCGUAUCUGUAGAGCCAAAUUUUCAUGAUUGAAAUUUUGUUUUAAAACCUACAGUACAGUAUAUAAUGUCACUGGCCAUACCUUGUGAAAUGAUUAGUCCUUGUUUGUAGAAAAUACAAAAGUUGUUUUAGUACGUCAAACACAUUCUUUUUGUGUGUGGUAAAUAUCUGAUUGCUAUGUUGUUUUCUUUCAGUGGUUAUUGUUAUGGGAAGAUACGGUUCCUGAACUUUGGCAAAGUAGUAUGCUUAAGGUGGGUUUAGUCAUUGGUUAGGCAAAGACCGCACCCUUUUUGACCAUGCCCACCUAAGCUAGUUGGCAGUGGCUAAAAGUCUUGAGUCUCUGCAUUUUAACCUAUUGAGUACUAGCACUCUGUUCUUGUCGAAUAAAACUGUCUGGCAUUAGACAGAGUAAAAUAAUAAAGUAGGGUGCAUUGUAGCCUGCGUAGCAGGCGUUUAGUGCGGGCGGGAGAAGAGAGGGCGUCGUUAAAUAAACGCCUGCCCAAAUGCCUACGAUUAAUUUGUUCUUCUCCGAAGAAUCUUCAGAAAAGCUUCCCAUUGGUCAAUCUCGUUAACGGAAGUAAUUACGUAACUCAAAUGUCAACAAUAAUUUUGCUCGCGUAUAUAUCGAAAAUAUGCCGCCUGUUAUUGCUUUUCGAGGAAACUCUUAUAUUUCAAGUAUUUAGACUUCGAAAUUCAGUUGAAACCAGAAUAGUAUUAUUAAUUUGCUACGUGGUGAAGACGCCGGUUAUCGCGAUUCUUCCUACGGAAUACGGAAAAUCUGCAAAUCAAAGCUUGCCCGAGCGGUAGGGAUCGAAUAUAAAUUUCCUUAUAGUUGUCUUGCUAUUUGUUCACUUUAAAGUAUAAUUCAAGACCAGAUAGUUGAGGCUACAUCACUUGGCAUUGCAGCUAUUAGGUUGGAUGAUGAUUUUAAGAAUAACAUUUCAAAACAUGCUCAACUGUUAUAAUUUUGCAGUUUAUACUGAUUUGCUAUACGGCAGAAUACGUUAAACAACCGUGGUUCAGGAGCUGCCUUUUAAAAGAUAAAAGCUCCGUGACAGUGUGUUGUGACUGUUGUUUAAAAUAGCUUCAUGAGGAAGAAACACAAAGAAAAAUCAUAAAUGUGAUCUUUAUAUGUGAUAGAGAUUUUCCUUGAUUUACAUAAACUUUAAGUUUGAUUUUCUUUAUAUACACAACAAAUUUUUUGAAAGCUAUUUCGCCAAUGAACUUAUACUAGAUCGAUCGUUUUUGAAGCAAUUUAAAACAUUCGCAGUGCGUGUUUUAUCAGACCAUCUUUAUAUCUGAUACAACACUGCUGCUUGUGUUUUAAAUAGUGCAUAAAAUCUCUGCAAAUCUCCUAUAGUUGCCGAGCAAAAAGCAUGCAUGAUGCUAAAUAUAAAUCUCAACUAUGAUUGGAUAAUGGGUCAAGGUGCUAUAAUUACAAAACGUCAAUCAUCCUUAAUGGGCGAAAACAAAUUUGUCAUAGCCAUUUGGGCAGGCGUUUCCUCAGUUCUCGCCCGUCAGCUAAACGCCUGCUACGCAGGCUAGGUGCAUUGGGGUGCAAUGCGACUCAAAGGGUUAAUUAUAUUGCAAAAACCUGUUAGGCUUUCUAUCCACCUCAGAACUCAAACUAGCAAUGGACUGACUAAAGUAGUGUGUUAAUUUUGUGACUGACUGUGUGAAAUUAAUUUCAGCUGUCAAGACCAGCUCAGAGAAUCCAUGUUUGUACAUCAAGAAGAUUUCAACACGAACCUGUGCUUAUCUUUAAUGACAAUGAAGCCAUUCCCUUUACACGAGUUGGUGAAGAAAAGAAACGAAAAUCUUCAAAGACAAAAGAGAGGUUUUUAUUUGCAUUUGUGAUUUGACGAACAACAUGCUUAAACCCUGACUAGGUAGACAGCCAUGCAUGCACAGAGAUUCUCUGGCAGUCCUCUCUCAAUCUAUAUUAAAAUGUUAAAAUUUUUAAUAGGUUGUUGUGGUGUGGAACACAUAUGGCAACAGAUAAUAAUGUUUGGUUUUCAAAAGUUCUGAUAUCUCAGGUAAUAUUAUUUUUACUAUCCUAAGCCGUGAAAUUUUUACGGUCACGGUGACAGUCCACUUAUUGUUCUACACCUGUCUGUGCCAAAUACAAACAGAACUUAAUUCACACUUCCUGACAAAGCGCCUUUGCUCGAAAAUGUUGAAGUUCUGUUUGCAUUUUUUGGUACCGUAGUUGUAUCUUUCUCAAUAUGCAGCUGUCUUACGCCUGUCUAUUCCCUUGAGUGUCAGUGCUGUUUUUGAAUAGCUGGAGGGUUAUAGUGUCAUAUCUUACUAUGUGACUACUCACCCUCCAGGUAUUCAAAAACACCACUGACACUCAAGGGAAGCUCAGAUUGAACCGCCACUCUUUGAGUGUGAGUGAGCUUUUAGAAUACAGAUGUUACUGUUUUACAUCCAUUUUGCAUGCCAAUUUAUCAUAGGAUCACACAAAAGUGUCAUUGGUGAUGCAUUUGUUCAAAGAGUCAAAACAACAUGUGUUCAGUAUCGAGACUCCAGAGGUAACUAAGUGAGCUAAACCUUGCCAUGAUCUCAAAUCUUUGCUAUACAGUAUGUAAGAGGUUUCCCAUUACUUAAUAACAGAGUUCAAUGUUAACCGUAACAUUAAUGACAAAUAUCAGAACAAUUACUGUAAUUAUUUUGUAUGGAAAUAAUUUUACACAUUUUAGAAAAAUUGACUAUUAUAUUAAAAUGUGAAUUUUAGGAAUCAAAAAUAUUGUGUUGGUCGUUAGUGGAUGAGGAUGAGGAAUCAGCAUUCUUUAUUUCACUUUGUAAGUAAUGUUAUCACAACCUAAAUUUGUUGUAAAUUUAAGCCAUUAAAAUGCAAGCAUUUAGGAAAAGAAAAAACGUCCUGCAACUACGUGGAAUAUACAGAAAUAUAUAGAAACAAAUUCCUGCACAGCUUUUACACCAUAAAAAAGUUCAACAAAGCUCCAAAUUAAAAAAUUUAUUGUAAGGAAAAUCCCCCCCUCUCUCCCCCCUCUCUCUCCCCCAGGAUAUCUAAUGGUUCAUCCCUUAACCCAUUAAGCUGCAUCCUGAUGCACCCUACUUUAUUAUUUUACUCUGUCUAAUGCCAGGCAAUUUUACUUGGAAACGGGAGAGUGCUGCUACUUGAUGGGUUAAGGGCAUUGGUCAUUUUAUGUCAACUGCUAUGUAUUUUUACAAGCUUACAUGCACAUUGAUGGCAAGUACAUGUGUAAUUCCCUAAUAUAGUACAUGUGUAAGUACAUGUGUAAUUCAAGUGUGGCAAGUACAUGUGUAAUUCCCUAAUUCCAUAUAUUUAAUUUCAUUGAUAUAUUAUACAUAAUUUAUUUUUGGCUCUUUCCUUGUUAUUAGGGUCAAAUGGUGGUGUUUACAAAACAGAAAUUCCAGCAGUUAAUAAGAUGGAGUCUGAACAUGAAUUAUGCUGUGAAUAUAUGUUCAGUGUGUGUGACGGCCCUCUGCCAAUCUCUGAGGCAAGUUUCAACUCUACAACUUUCUAA